GUUGUUCCUGAGUCGAUUAACCUCCUACGAUCCGCAUCACAACGUCGUCCUAUUUCCGUGAUAUCGGUCGUUGGCCCCUACCAUUCUGGCAAGAGCUUUCUCUUGAAUUCCCUCCUCCAGAAGCCGUCCACGUUCUCCGUUGGUCCUAAGACCUCCCCGCAGACCCUAGGAAUUUGGAUGUGCCGUACCGACCUCAGUGCACCGGAUGGAUCGGAGAUAUGGCUUAUGGAUUCUGAAGGGUUCUUCGGACCUCAGGUAGUCACUGAGACCUACGAUGCUAAGAUUUUCACAGUCGCCACCCUCCUAGGCAGUCACCUAGUCUACAACACGGUUAAGGUCAUCGAUCAACAAGCGGUGAAUCUUCUAG